ACACUGAAAGCAGCAACAUGAAAUUUGAACUUCUAGUUUUGAGUCUAAUAUUUGUCAGCACUUAUCACGUAUCGAUCGUUUGGGCGGCUGUAACUAUUGAAACGUAUGCCGAUCCAAGUCAUCCGGGCCAGUGUGUAUUGCAGCAAUUAGUUUUAUCUCCCGGUGCGGUAGCUAAACAUCCAGACAUGUGUGCCAAAAUUACCUGCCACGAAAAUAGCAAAGCCUCCAUAGUCACUUGUGCUGUUAUGAUAGCGCCACCUGGCUGUACAGUGGGACCUGUAGUGGAUCCUGAAGCUAAUUAUCCAAAUUGUUGUCGUAAGAAAAUUAUUUGCGAAAGCGGCUUAAUAUUUAAUAGUUAGGAAUUAUAUAUUAGUAGUA